AUGGCGUCCCUACACCCCUUCGACCCCAUCACACCCGGGGAGAUCCAGUUGGCCGUGCGCGUCCUGCAGUCUGCCUUCCCUGGCGUCAAGUUGCGCUAUAAGCGUAUCGAUCUCCAGGAACCCUACAAGCAUGAGGUGAUCCCCUACCUCGAAGCCGAGCGCCUGGGUACCACUCGGCCCUUGAAGCCGGCCCGUCUGCUAUUCGCACUGUUCCACCGCAUGGACAAUGGCUCCUUUUACAAGGCCCUGCUGAACGCCGACACCAAAACAAUCGUGUCCGCCAAGGAAUUGCCCAAGGAUAUUCAGGGUCCUGUGGAUAUAGAUGAGAUGAUCGAGAUGGAGCAAGUCUGCCUAAAUCACCCCGCAGUCAAGGCGGAGAUUGAGAAAUUGCAGCUGCCGCAGGGCGUCACCGUGUGCCUGGAUCCGUGGAUCUACGGUACCGAAGAUGCCAAAGAAUCCCGACGGCUAUUCCAGUGCUACAUGUACGUGGUAGCAAUCGACCACCCGCAAAACAACCAAUACUCGCACCCACUGAAGUUUUCUCCUGUCUUUGAUGGAAUUACCCGCCAGCUCGUGCGAAUGGACUACCUGCCCGACGGUGCGGACACCCAGAGCUCGCAGACACAGACCUGGAAGCCGGUCAAGGCCGUUCAAUAUGCACACGAUUUGCUGGACGAGCCCCUGCGCACUGAUCUGAAGCCAUAUAUUGUGCAACAGCCAGAGGGCGCCUCGUUCUCGGUCAUUGGCAAUGCCGUUUCAUGGCAGAAGUGGCGAUUCCGUGUCGGCUUCAACAACCGCGAAGGUCUCGUGUUGCACAACUUGACUUACGAUGGGCGGAACACAUUCUACCGUCUGUCAUUCUCGGAGAUGACUGUUCCUUACGGAGACCCUCGCGCCCCGUACCACCGCAAGCAGGCCUUCGACGUGGGCGAUGUUGGCUUCGGCAUUACUGCUAACCAACUUGCGCUCGGCUGCGAUUGCUUGGGUCACAUCAAGUAUUUCGAUGGAUACCGUACCGACUCCCAAGGUGAGCCGAUCCACUUGCAGAAUGUCAUCUGUAUGCACGAGCAAGAUGCCGGCCUCCAACACAAGCACACAAACUACCGUACUGGUGCGGCAACCGUCGUCCGCAACCGUCAGCUUGUCGUCCAGAUGAUUUGCACGGUCGCCAACUACGAGUACAUAUUCGCCUUCAUUCUCGACCAAGCAGCAAACAUCGAGCUGGAGGUUCGCGCCACUGGUAUUCUGUCGACUGUGCCAUUCGACAACGAGAAUGGCCAGACAGUACCCUGGGGAACAAACGUCGGCCCUGGCGUCAUGGCUCCAUUCCACCAGCACAUGUUCUCGCUUCGAAUCGACCCCGCCUUGGAUGGCUACAAGAAUACUGUCUAUUACGAGGAUAGCGUGCCUAUGCCCGAGGACGACAAUAACCCGUACUCGGUGGGCUACGUGACCGAGAAGAACAUCAUUAAGAAGAGCGGCAGUGCAUCCACCAGUGUGGAGAAGCACCGUGUCUUCAAGAUUCGAAACGACAAUAUCAUCAAUCCAAUCACCCACCACCCGAUCGCAUACAAGCUGCAAACAUCACCAAGUCAAAUGAUCCUUUCCCGCCCUAAGUCCUUCGGCCUGAAACGUGCGCAGUUCGCAACCCGCCCGAUCUGGGUUACUAAAUACCAAGACGAUGAGCUCUUCGCCGCGGGCGAAUUCACCAACCAGAGCAAGGAGUCUCAAGGUGUGGAGAAGUGGGCUUCCCGAAAUGAUACUGUUGAGGAUGAGGACCUGGUUCUUUGGCACACAUUCGGUCUCACCCAUAACCCCCGCAUCGAAGAUUUCCCGGUGAUGCCGAUGGAGCGCGUGAGCGUCAUGCUCAAGCCCGAUGGAUUCUUUACCAAGAACCCGGCUUUGGAUGUGCCGCAGUCCUCGCAGGCCUUCAACCGAUCCACUCAGCACCCUGAGCCCUCUUGCUGCUCUGGACCGCAAGAUCGGAGCCAGGUCAAGCUGUAG